AUGGACUCGUCGACGGUUGGUGCGCCGGGGAGCUCGCUGCACGGCGUGACGGGGCGCGAGCCGGCGUUCGCGUUCUCGACGGAGGCGGGCGGCGGGGGCGGGGAGGAGAGCAAGUUCUCGCUGCCGGUGGACUCGGAGCACAAGGCGAAGACGAUCCGGCUGCUGUCGUUCGCGAGGCCGCACAUGCGGACGUUCCACCUCUCAUGGAUCUCCUUCUUCUCCUGCUUCGUCUCCACCUUCGCCGCCGCGCCGCUCGUCCCCAUCAUCCGCGACAACCUCAGCCUCACCAAGGCCGACAUCGGCAACGCCGGCGUCGCCUCCGUCUCCGGCUCCAUCUUCUCCAGGCUCGCCAUGGGCGCCGUCUGCGACAUGCUCGGCCCGCGCUACGGCUGCGCCUUCCUCAUCAUGCUCGCCGCGCCCACCGUCUUCUGCAUGUCGCUCAUCGAGUCCGCCGCCGGAUACAUCGUCGUCCGCUUCCUCAUCGGCUUCUCGCUGGCGACCUUCGUGUCGUGCCAGUACUGGAUGAGCACCAUGUUCAACAGCAAGAUCAUCGGCCUCGUCAACGGCCUCGCCGCCGGCUGGGGCAACAUGGGCGGCGGCGCCACGCAGCUCAUCAUGCCGCUCGUCUACGACGUCAUCCGCAAAUGCGGCGCCACGCCGUUCACGGCGUGGAGGCUCGCCUACUUCGUGCCGGGGACGCUGCACGUCGUGAUGGGGAUCCUGGUGCUGACGCUGGGGCAGGACCUCCCCGACGGCAACCUGCGCAGCCUGCAGAAGAAGGGCGACGUCAACAAGGACAGCUUCUCCAAGGUGCUACGGUACGCCGUCACCAACUACCGCACCUGGAUCUUCGUCCUCCUCUACGGCUAUUCCAUGGGCGUCGAGCUCACCACCGACAACGUCAUCGCCGAGUACUUCUACGACCGCUUCGACCUCGACCUCCGCGUCGCCGGCAUCAUCGCCGCCUCCUUCGGCAUGGCCAACAUCGUCGCGCGUCCCACCGGCGGCCUCCUCUCCGACCUCGGCGCGCGCUACUUCGGCAUGCGCGCCCGUCUCUGGAACAUCUGGCUCCUCCAGACCGCCGGCGGCGCCUUCUGCCUCCUGCUCGGCCGCGCCUCCACCCUCCCGACCUCCGUCGUCUGCAUGGUCCUCUUCUCCUUCUGCGCCCAGGCCGCCUGCGGCGCCAUCUUCGGCGUCAUCCCGUUCAUCUCCCGCCGCUCGCUCGGCAUCAUCUCCGGCAUGACCGGCGCCGGCGGCAACUUCGGCGCAGGGCUCACGCAGCUGCUCUUCUUCACCUCGUCGAGGUACUCCACGGGCACCGGCCUGGAGUACAUGGGCAUCAUGAUCAUGGCGUGCACGCUGCCCGUGGUUCUCGUCCACUUCCCGCAGUGGGGCUCCAUGCUCCUCCCGCCCAACGCCGGCGCCGAGGAGGAGCACUACUACGGCUCCGAGUGGAGCGACGAGGAGAAGAGCAAGGGCCUCCAUGGCGCCAGCCUCAAGUUCGCCGAGAACGCCCGCUCCGAGCGCGGCCGACGCAACGCCAUCGACGCCGCCGCCGCAGCGUCGCCCACCAACACGCCGGAGCACGCCUAGGAAGCAAAUUAUUCUCCGACCGAGACCAAGAACUUGCCGGAGUUGGCCUGGACGCGGCGGAGCACGUCUUUGCUGGAAUUAACGGUGAUGGAAGAGUUAAAUCUUUCCUAAAUUAGGAAUUUCCUUUGGAAUUUCUCCUAUACAAAACGGAUCCAUAAUAAGGAGAGGCAUAUACACAUGUCACAUGUGUACUAGUACAAAUAAUUUACAUUUUCUUGAAUUUACAGUGUAUUCCAUAUUGAUAUGUGACACCCCCUCCUGCUGAAAAAUACACAAGGUAAUCCUGUACUCCUGUCCUGUGAUUGAAGAGAUUUGCCCCGGUUCAAUAAAAAAUAACUCGAGAUACUAGUAUCUCAUGCU